AUGUCAUUUUUCAACAACUUCCGGUUCCGGUCGUCCAAACGCAAGAACGUGGCCAAUUCUACGGGUAUCUACCAGUCGGGGAGUCAAAAUUCGAGCUCGACUAGCCUUCCGUCCCGUCGAUCGUCGACGCUCGGAAGCGCGGCCGGCGGCAUUUCUGCCCCGCAGCAGUCGACAUCGAGCGUGUCGAAGCGGUCCCCGCAAAUAAACUACCAGCCACUGUUUCUGAAUAGUGCGUACGUGCGAGCGGCGCUGGUCAAGGGCAGUUUCCAGACGAUCGUUGAGCUGCCCAAGUACGUGGACCUGAACGAAUGGCUGGCACUGAAUAUAUUCGAGUUCAACUCGUACCUGACGCAGUUCUGCUCGACUCUGAGUGAGUUUAUUACCCCGGAGACCUGCCCGACAAUGAACGCCGGCCCAGGCUACGACUAUUUAUGGAUCGACAAUAACCGGCAGCCCAUCCGCCUGCCGGCCAGCACGUAUAUUGAGUACACUCUUUCCUGGAUCUCUUCAAAGUUUGACGACCAAACGCUGUUUCCCACCCGCCAGGGCGUGCCCUUUCCGCCAAACUUUACCUCGGUGGUUAAGGGCAUCUACGUCCAGCUGUUUCGCAUUUUUGCCCAUAUUUAUCACACGCACUUUGAUAAAAUUGUGCACCUGUCACUAGAACCGCACUGGAACUCGUUCUUUUGUCACUUUAUUUCCUUUGGAAAAACCUAUAAUCUCAUUGACCGGACCGAAAUGGCCCCGCUGGCCUCGUUGAUCCAAAAUUUUGAAGCUCAGCAAAAAAUUAAAGUAGCCUAA